AUGGCCUCUUCCUCCCCUUUACUGCCUCUCCUCCGCCCUUCACAGCUCUCCACAUCAGCGGUUGCGCCUCCUGUCGAAGCCGGUGUCUCUGGUUCCCUCUUCCCCGGACAGAUCGCCUCUUCAUCCCCUGAGUUGCCUCCCCACAUCAGCGGUUGUUGCCUCCUCUCGUGGCCGGUGUCUCUGGUUCCUUCGUUCCCGGACAGAUCGCCUCUUCCUCCCCUUUAUUGCCUCUCCUCUCACCCCCCACAGCCCUCCACAUCAGCGGGUCUCGCCUCCUCUCUUGGCCGGUGUUUCUGCUUCCCUCCUCCGCCUGAGCUCAUGUUUUCCCGCGGAGGUCCUCCCCCUGCGGCGCUGGGCGGAGUUUCACCCCGGCCUAGGCGCUCCUUGUGUCGGCUGCGGUUGGAGCUGACUCCCGCUGAUCUGGUGCUGUUCCCCGGGAGAGAACCAGGCCGCGUUGCUCUGCUCGCCUCUUCCCCGUUGUUUGGGCACCUCUUUCCAGACACUCGGGACAAACACUGA